GUUCAGAUCGCGGCAUGUUUAGCGAGUGGCCAGAUGCUUUUUGGCGCCUUGUUGGACGGAGAUGCGGUGGGAUGUGAUGCUUUGUCACAACCACAAUUGCUGAGGCAGAACCUGCCAGAUAUUCCUUAUGACGGUGCUGUUGUUGAUGCACCAACGCAGGAGCGGAUCCGUGAGCUGCUGAACCGCAGUGGCGGUGUCGCCUCGGAGCUCUUCGCCGCAGGGGGGCGCGCCGGUGCGGAGGUGCCGGGCGCUGCCAGACCGCUCCUAAUCAUCCUGGAUCGAGACAUCGAUCUGGUGACGAUGUUAAGCCACACAUGGACUUACCAGGCGAUGGUGCACGAUGUCUUGGGCAUGAGGUUGAACAAGAUGCAGGUACCUGUGGAGAGUGAUGAUGCCUCAGCACCUCCCAAAGCCAGGUCGUAUGAUGUGGACGACCAGGACAGCUUUUGGACGGCGCACGCCGGUGACCAGUUUCCAGAGGUUCUCAAUGCGGUGCCCAAAGCCAUUGAGGAGUUUGAGAAGAAAAGGGCUGAGAUGUCAAGCUCUGGGUGGCAGGAUGGGAGCCAAGCUCUAGCUCCUGGACUUGCAGCAGCCAUCAAUGCCCUGCCAGAGAUGACAGAGAAGAAGCGAAGCAUCGAUAUGCACACCAACAUUGCCCAUGCUCUCGUGGCAGAAGUGAAAGCCCGGGAACUGGACAGGUACUACGAGUUGGAGGAUCAACUGCCCUCGCAGUCGCUAGGCAAUCAUAGUCUUGGUGUGGGGCUUAGCUUCCUGGAGUUGACAGACGCCGCACCAAUUGGUGCAUGGUGGAAAAACGCCAAGGUGUUGACCAAGCCGAGCAUCUCGCAGCAGCAGCUGCAGGGCCUAGUGGAGGCCUUCGAAAGCACUGGCGGCGAUGCCUCUGCAGUGAGGCAGUACCUGAAGACCAUCCGAACCAUGGCCAUGCCCAGCACCACCUCAACUGUAACGACAGUUGGGACGAGUGGGACGCUGGCGGGAGCUUUCGGCGGUUUAGCCGAUCGCUUCAUGGCCACGGGCGAUGCCUUGCUGGCUGCUGGAAUGAGCGGCAUCAAGAACAUCGUCGCCUCCAAGAAGGAACUCGCGAUUUGUCAGAUUGUGGAGGCUCUCAUGGAGCAAAAGCAGGGUGGAGUCACGGAGAAUUAUUUAUACUUUGACCCAAAGGCUCCAGCCACGGCACGUGGUGCUGACGUUCCAAGAAUCCGGGCACCUUUUAGAAGAGCGAUGACAUUUGUGGUGGGUGGUGGGAAUUAUGUGGAGCAUCAGAGCUUGCAAGACUGGGCGCAGAAUUCCGGUCGGCAGGUGACGUAUGGCUCCACUGACAUGGUCUCACCGGUGCAGUUUGUGGACGAGCUAAGCCACCUGGGCCAAACCCUUGGACAAGGGCAAAGUGGCGGCAUGCCAGACCUUAGCUAG